AUGUCUAAAAUACCGGUUGCACUUGUGACGGGCGCUACUCGCGGGAUAGGACGUGCCAUUGUAGAUAAGUUAUCUAGUAAAGGCUUAUGUUGCAUUAUGGUGGGUUCCAGCAUGGAAAGCUUCGAUUUGAUGCGCCAAAAGCCACUAUCAAUUUCGCAAGAUAGCCAGUGGCAUCGCGGGCUGGCCAUUGAUCUAGCACAAUGGCCCUAUUGGACGAAGCAAACAUCUUUCUCUGGCGUUCACUUUUCCGGAACUAAUGAAACACUCCACAAAAAUGGCAAGUGGUCGCUUCUGGAGAUGGACAACGGGUACGACCUCGCAAUGCUUGUUAAUUGUGCGGGCAUCGUGCAAGCGUCGCCGUCCGUGCUGUGUGGGACCGAGCAGAUGCAGCGUCUGACGAACGUCAACCUCCUGAGUGCUAUCAGCAUGUGUAACAUUGCCUCCAGACGGAUGAUGCGGUCUCGCAGACAUCUCGUUCGCGCGCCCUGCAUAAUCAACAUUUCCUCCGUCUUGGGGGACCCAAACGUCGACCCAAUGCCCGGGACGUCUCUAUACAGUGCCUCCAAGGCAGCCUUAGCUCAGUACUCGCGGGUCUUGUCUGCGGAACUCAGCCGCGCUGGCGUGUCCGUCCAUUGCAUCUCACCAUCCUUGGUACCUGGCACGGACAUGAUUCAGAAUCUGAAUAGCAUGGCACGGUCACGGCUGGAGGCUCAAUUUGACGCUGAAAAAAGCCACCAAAGUCCCCAGCAGAUUGCCAAGCAUGUAUGGGAUAUCUACGCGAGCCAUUGA